UGGGGGAUGGCAGCCGCGGCCCUGGCGAGGAGAUUCGAGGAGCGCAUCAGGGCGUGCGCCAUCGGGCGGAAGCUCCACGAAGCCAAGAUCCUCCACGACGAGAUCGCCCGCAGCCCCCACGGCGACAACCGCCGCCUCACCAAUCUCCUCAUCGACCUCUUCGGCAAAUGCGGCGACCCCGACGCCGCGCGCGCGGUGUUCAAUCGCGUCCGGCUGCCCAACGAGUACUCGUGGAGCUGCAUCAUCCAGGCGUACGUGAGCAGCUCCCGGAUCCACGACGCGCGCGCCCUCUUCGACUCCAUGCCGGGAUUCGACGCCUUCACCUGGAACAUCAUGAUCGCGGCCUACGCGCGCAUCAAUCGCCUGGACGACGCGCGCGAGCUCUUCCACGGGAUGAUCUCCGGCCGGGACGUGGUGAGCUGGGCGAUCCUCGUCGCGGGCUACGCGCGGCACGACCGGCUCGAGGAGGCCAGCGCGCUCUUCCGCCGGAUGCCGCUCUGGGACACGGUCACUUGCACGUCGGUCCUCCAGGGAUAUGCCCACAACGGGCAUCUGGCCGAGGCACAGGAGCUCUUCGAUCGGAUCGGUGGCGCCGGCGAUCGCGACGCCACUGCUUGCAACGCGAUGAUCGCGGCCUAUGGGAAGAACGCCCGCGUCGAUCUCGCCGAAGGGCUCUUCGCGCAGAUCAAGCUGCGCAAUGCGGCGUCUUGGUCCUUGCUGCUCCUCACCUAUGCCCAGAACGGGCAUCUGGAUCUUGCCAAGAAAAGCUUCGAUCGGAUGCCCCAGCGCGACUCGAUCGCCUUCACCGCGAUGACCGCCGUGCUCUCCGACCAAGGCGAGCUCCGCGGCGCGAGAGAGAUGCUGCGAUACCUCUCCGCGGUGGACGUGAUCGCGUGGAAUGCGCUGCUCGAGGGAUAUUCCCGGACCGGGGAUCUUGACGAGGUGAGGAGGCUGUUCUCCGCCAUGGAGCACCGCACGGUAGCCACGUGGACGAUCGCGAUCCAGGGGCACGCGCAGUACGGCCGCGGAUCCGACGCCCUGGAUCUCUUCCUGGAGAUGCUGCUCGAGGGCGUGGGCAUUGACGGGCAGACGAUGAUGGGCGUGCUGGCGGCGUGCGCGCAUCUAGGGCUCCUCGAUCCGGCGAGGGAUUACCUCGUGUCCAUGGCGGGCGAUCACGGCGUGGCCUGCGAUCCGGGCCACUACGGGUGCAUGGUGAGCGUGCUGUGCAAGGCCGGGCGCCUCGAUCUGGCGGAGGAAUUGCUCGACACGAUGCCGGUGAUCGCAGAUGUGGUCGCCUGGACGGCGUUUCUGGAUGCGUGCAAGAUGUUUGGGGAGGCGGAUCGAGGCGCCAGAGCGGCGGGGGAGAUCACGCUGCUCAAUCCCAUGAUGUCCUCGGCGUAUGCCAUGUUCUCCGAGCUCGCAUUGAGCGAGCAGGAUGAGGACCUCGACUCGUGGCGGGCAUCCAGUCGUGAGAUUUGUUGUUCUUGAGAGGAGCUGCCAUCGUCGCAGCGCGAGAAACUCUCGAGGUACAUUUGAGCAAGAGUGAGGGAGAGAAUCAUUUGCCGAAUAUUCCUACUAUGAAAAAUUAUUCCAACGAAGAACCUGAGGAGUUAAGGAAACAAGAAGAAGCUCUACUGAAAGAAGCUCGACAAGAAGAAGAGAGGGUGAAGCUCGAGGAAGCAAGUACGUGGUUCCGGUUUGUAUUGACUCAGACUUUUUUCUUUUUCCCCGUGAAACGUUUAAGUGGUUUUUGUAGGAGGUGGAAGCAUAAGACUGAUGAUAUGGAGGCUGCCAGAUUGCGAAAACUACGAGCCCGAGCGGCUCUGUCAUCAAUGAUCCUUGGCUUGCCGAUCCAACACGGACGAAAGUACGUUACUCGACUUACAAAGCAAGGACUCGCCAAAGAAGACUUAAAAACGCAUCGAGUCUCGCCUCUCAACAGCAUGUGGGAGUUCUUGGACGUGCCGGAAAUAGUUUCUCCGGUUCUCAGAGCUAAGAAUCCACGGGCGAGAACUAUUUACUGGAAACUGGUUUUCCGCAUGGGAGACAAUUCGUCCAAGGGACGAGGCAGUGAGCUUCCGGCGCAGUGGCUGAGGUCGAAGCUGAUCAGAAAUCUGGAAGGGAACACAGUAGCAUGCUACGUCUCGAGCAACGUCGAAAACGUGCCAUUGCGAGAUUGGUCUCGACAGAAGCUUCCAGCCAAGUAUCAACGGGGCAAGCGCUCUCUUGUUGGUUGACGAAGGCUCGCCUCUAAGUAGGAUGCGCAGCAAGCUACAUUCGCUGGUGGAAUCUCUUCCAACCGGGACGUCUGUGCCGCUGUUGGUAUUUUCAAGUGGCUUUGGAUCAGACGAAGGCGAUCUGAACAGAAGGCCGCCACCAGAAGAAGAGUUGGCACUGCUGCUUCAGCUACACAGAUUGGACGGCGACAAGAUCAGUAGCUGGAUAAUUUUAUCGAUCACUGGGAAAAGUGAACACGGGUUCUACUGCAGUGAGACUCUAGCCAGGGGUAUUGAGUGGCUCGCGACUUUAGCGCCGGCUCAGCUGUGGAUCUCCGCGACUUGGUGGCAGAAAAGCUCUACUCUACGUUAAACUCGUCACGGGAAGAAACCAAAGCCGGUCCCGGAGACUACGUUUUCAGCAAAGCGCUCCACGACGCUACAGCGGAGGUGACAAAUGCUGUCAGUACGAGUCCCAGUCACUGGCCUCCUCGAUCUCGUCGGAAGCUUGGUAUAAGGAUCAGGACACUCCUCCCGCAGGCUGGAACAGCUUUGCGACUUAGCACCCAAUUUUCUACGCGCUGGAGCUCUGCCGACUGCCUCCCUUUCCUCGUCUUGACGAACGAACCACGUUUGCUCUGGCUCUCUCACCAUUGUCGGCGGCGGCUCCCCGACUGCGUGAGAGCUCAAUACAUGUCUCUACUGGAAGUGUACCUGAGCAAGCUCGGCUACGAAGAACCGGAGGCUAACCGUGUCGCAGCCAGCAUUUUGGAUGGAGCAGUGAGCCUCGAGUGGUCGGAAGGUGGCCGCGCGGGCGUCGGGUGUUCCGGAGCAUUUUCUGGACGCGUCCCAACAGCGAGCCUGGUAGGGGACUACAAAAAGAGUCUCGCGUUUGCUUCUCGGCUCCAAGGUGGCAACGUCCCCGAGUCGAUCCAGGUGAGUUUUGUGGAGAGAUACAACCAGCAGUACACCAAGGAGGCCGAGACUGCCUGUGAUACUGCAACUUCAAAGCCAGAGGACGUUAUGCUCAGGCACGAGCUCAAGUAGCGGAGAUGAGCUCGAGCUACUUCCGAAGGACAGGGGCAGUGCUACCUCAGACGGAGCCAGAGGCACGACUGGACGAGCUAGUGGCAAGGCUGGACAAAAGGCUGAAUGAAAACACUCAGGCAGCAGCGACUGGACUGGAAGAAAUUCCUCGGCCGUGGACAGAGGACACGAAGCUGCUCGUGCUCACGCCAGAGGGGAUCGACUUGGAAGUUUUGGAAGUGACGAGCCCGAGGUCUUCAAGCUCGGACAGCUACAAGAGGUUUAACGAGCUCUUGAGUAGCUGCCACAGCGCCCAGACGCUCGUCUCUGGCAAGCUACUGUGGUGUUUUUUAUAACUACUUGACAAAUGUUUGUAAAUGUAUUCAUUUCUUUUCAAGGAAACCACAGGGUAGCUUUCUGUAGAUCGUCUCGUUUUGCCACUGCCAAAGCGUACACUUCCAUCUACCCAUCGUUAUGGAACGUUGUUCUAUGUCACCGUUGCAAUCUCAUGGUGUUGCAAAAACAAAAGUUAGAGAAACCAUAAAGAAAACUAAAGAGAACAUAGACCUGGGGUUGAAGCCUCUCAAUUCGUUGAACAAGCAUUUUGGUUAGAACAAGCACCUGUCAAACUUCGACUUCCAUAUCCUUGAACAGCCGGAGUUUUCAUGAUCGUUGUUUUCAUUGAGGUUGGACCAUUGUCAUGUAGAACUUCAGCUGGAUUUAAGUUCUGAAGAUCGCAGUUUCCCAACGUUGUUUCUCAGCUUGCAGGUCUUGCGUUGAACGCAGCAACAAAGCGCUGACAAUCUCUCCAAAACGUUGACACAAAAUCUCUCCAAUCUAGUAGCAUUUCUCUUCUUGGCACACGCUGUAACAUGGCGUUUUUCAGUUCUUAUCGUCGUUGAGCAGCACCCUUCAUGACAAGAAAUUAGAACAAAUCGAAACACACGCAAACCUGGCAACGUGAAACUAAGUAUCGUUGAUCGUCAGUUUUGUUCGUAUUCACACGGCGUUGUCCACAUCGGUGAGUUUCCCUUCGCGUUGAGAGUUCCUUGGCCCGUUGUCUUGCACUUUGCUUGUUUGAGUUGUUUGAGCAUAUCAUCUUAGCUUGACUGUGUCACUGGCUCCCUUUUGCGUUGAGCAUACCCCGUCGACAAUCUCAAUCGAAAAGAAAGAGCGUCUUCAAACGUUGAGAGUUUCAAAAAAUUCUUGAUUGCUUCUAGCCUCUCUUUUAUCGUUGAUCAUUCUAGAGCAUAUUUCUUGUCUCCAGCAAAUCUCUCGUUUCGUUGUCUUACUCGCUUAUUGCUAACACAAAGAAAACUGAACGAACUUACCCUGCGAGGUGGAGAGGUGCGAGUGGACCGGGCCUGUCAAGGAUCAGCGACGGAUCAUGAUCGUUGUUUUCAUUGAGGUUGGACCAUUGUCAUGUACAUUUUCAGCUGGAUUGAAGUUCUGAGAUCGCCGUUGUUUCUCAGCUCGCAGGUCUUGCGUUGAACGCAGCAACAACACAACUCAAAGCGCUGACAAUCUCUCCAAAACGUUGACACAAAAUCUCUCCAAUCUAGUAG